AUGGGGAUUCAUGGCUUGCUGCCAUUCUUAAAGCCAUAUGUCAAGAAGAUCAACAUUGAUGACUUCAAGGGGAAAACGGUCGGCGUGGAUGCGAUGUGUUGGAUGCACAAAGGGGCAUUUGCCUGCUCCCGGGAGUUGGUAGAAGGCGUAGACACCGACAAGUUUGUGAGGUACUUCUUGCGGAUGUGCGAGGUGCUGCGGUGUUCCCGCAUCAAGCCGAUCAUCGUCUUUGACGGAGACAGGUUGCCAGCCAAGGCUAAGGAGGACGAGAACCGUGGAAAAGCACGCGAGAAGGCGCGCCUGGAAGCUUUAGAGCUCAUAAGCCGACAGCAAUCGGGACACGAGGUGGAUGAGAAAGACAUCUCCUCCAAGUGUGAGGGUGCCAUCAAAGUCACAUCUUCCAUGAUCUCGAGGCUUCAAAGUGCCUUGAGGGAGCUGUCCAUUGACUUCAUCAUCGCUCCGUACGAGGCGGAUGCGCAGCUAGCCUACAUGUGCCGAAUGGGUUGGAUUGACGUUGCAGUUUCUGAAGACAGUGACUUGCUAGCCUACGGCUGUCCGAGCACCUUGUUCAAAAUGGACAAGUUUGGGAAUGGCGACCACAUUGCGCUGCCUUGUCUGCAAGUGGAUGCACGCCCGACUUACCAAGAGAAGUCUCCUCCCGAAGGCUCUGGCAGCAAAACGAAGGGCAAGCAGAGGCAGCGCUUGAAGCCUGGACAGAAGGCUAAGAAAGCAUCGGUGAAAGCAUGCAAGACCACGGACGAGUCGCAAGGCAAGAUGCAGUCAGCAGCCGACGGUGUUGAAUGCUCCCAGCCGCAGAAGGGUUCGAAGGUCACCAAGGGGAAGAGUGAAGCGGACAAAGUGGCCGUCGUGAAAGAGUUCCAGUCUUGUCUGGAUCGCUGGUCCCCAGAGCAGUUCACCGAGUUCUGUGUCUUUUGCGGAACAGAUUACAAGGAGCCCGAGACUCACAUCAAGAAGUUUGGCAUCAAAACUGCCUUUCAGUUCAUGAAGAAGUAUGGCAACACGCAAGACCUUUUGAAGUGGAUGGUCAGUGACAAGGGGUUUCAGCAGCGUUUGCCAUGCGCAGCAGAAGAAUAUGUUCCACGAUUUGUGUCAGUGGUGUGUGUUUUUUGGCAUCAUCUUGUGUUUAAUCUGAGAAGUGGCGAAUGCACAUCGAUCUCUACGUCCUUUCCUUUGACUGAGACGCGCAGAGACUGCUCCGGCAUGGAUCCUGCAACAGUUUGCGGGAAGGGAUUUCUGAAGCUAGAAGCGGUGCGUGUGGCCAAAGGUGAUCUUGAUCCACGCACAAGGACGGUAAAGAAGCUUGAGCCCUUGUCUCCAGCCGAACGUGCUGUCAUAGAUAGUAUCCUUGAGUUCAAGCGCAGGGAGCAGCGAGAGUACAGGCAGCAAGUUGCAGCAGAGCAGGCCGAGGCGCAACGUGCUGAAGCCGAGGCGCAGAAGGCCAUGCAAGAAGAGGCACUGAACUGUGGCAUUGAUGAGAGUCUACCCGAAGAGCCCACAGUACAACAGGAAAGCCGAGAGAUCAAGCUUCUCGCGGGAGACUUCAAGAGACUGCAGCAGCUUUCUGCAUUACGAGAUGACUGGCAGGAGGCCAAAUCGGCACCUCCUCGUACAGGCGAGAGUAUGGGCAACGGCACAUCAAGGGGUUCCAAUCCAUUUGGCCGCAAGCGUCCUUCACAAGACGCAAAUGUCAAGGAGAGUAUGAACGGCAUUGCCGUCCCUGCAAAGAAAAGCUUGUGUUUGCGACAAACAGUGCGAUGCGUGGUCGCGCCCAGAGCUUCUGUUGACGAGGACGUGAAGUUCAAGAAGCCUGAGCAUCAUCCAAGGGGUGGCGGUGGAGCAAAGACUGCUGUGGAAGCCGUGUUGGCCCAGCGUGGGGUCCCUGCUGUCGAGGUUGAUGAGAACAAGGCCAGGUCCAAGCUGAUGUCCUUCUUCGACCGCCAGGCUGUGUACUCCAGGGAGGACCGCAGCAAGAGCCCAAGCAAGGCAGACACGCAGAAGGUGGAUAUCAUCGCUUCGUGGAAAUCCCGGCCAUGGGAAGAAGAACCUGAAGCAGUUGCAUCCGCGCCUCGUCAUAAUCCUUUGUCUCUUCGAAACCAAGCUCGGGUUUUCAGACAGCGUGUUUAG